CCUCCUUUUAUUUUCCUUUAAUUCUACUAAUUUUGCUUUUAAAUUUCAUUUCUUUUAUUUUCCCUUUUUGUUCAAUUUCAAGUUCUUUCCUCAACAAACUAGGGUUUCGUUAAAAAUUUCUUUUCGAUACAAAACCAACCGAAUCGCAGCUAUUUUCCUAUUACUACACGAUUUACGAUUUCGUUUGUAGAAAUUACUUGUUGAUUAAUUCAUUCUUUCCGGCGUGUAAAUGGCAAACAGGCACACCAUUAUUUUGAUGCAAACUUCACAGAGCAGAGCAACCAGAACAUUUAUGGAUUAUGAUUCCAUAAGUCAAGCUAUGGAUGGGAUAUGUGGACUAUACGAAAGGAAACUUAAGGAUCUAAAUCCAGCUACGGGAAACAUCACUUACGACAUUGCUGAUCUUUACAAUUUUAUUGAUGGCCUUGCAGAUAUGAGUGCCCUUGUCUAUGAUCACAGGAUUCAAGCUUUUUUGCCUAAUGACAGGCAAUGGAUUAAACAGAAACUAUUUCAACACCUGAAGAAGUUGGCACAUUAAAUAAAUCCUGUUCACUGAAAGUGCUUUUAAUAGAAAAAAAAAAUGUGCAUCGAAGUGCAGAAGACCUCAUAUCGUAUCUGAUAAUUGUGCUCUUAUUGUACCUCCUAACUUUUGCACACAUAUUUUUGAGUACCCAUUGCAGCUUUGUCCAGAGUUUCAGAUGAAAUACCACAGGUUUUGUGUGGUCAGUGUUGUACUCUAAGCAAAGUUACUGGUAAUUUUGUCUAGAAAGCUUGACCUUUACUAUAAUCAUAUACCAUUUGGUUGAGUGGUUGGUAUUUGAUGGUAA